AUGGCAAUCCAAUCCACCCCUUCCCCAUCUUCAAUCCCAGUGAAAACAAUCCAGCCAGUAAUGGAUGAGGUCUUUGGUUGCGGUGGUAUAGCGCCGGUUUACAGUGAGGUAGCGGGAGACUGUGGGCAACAAGACGAGGAGCAAGAAUAUGUUGACACCUGCGAAGAUGAGGAUAAGAGCUGUGGUGCGGUUUGGGAUUAA